AUGCUCUCCUGCAUGCGCGACCCCGAGGCUGAGCCCGUCAAGCUCAUCCUGACCUCGCCGAUGGGCUUCACUGUCGAGGAGGAAAACAAGGGGAAGGACAUUGAGUGCACGUUCCGUUCUGCCAGCAAACGCCAGGUCGAGAGCCUCUAUGCCGACAUUCGGCCCAAGCUCGACAAAGACUUUCUCGGGUCUUGGACGACGACCAUUGUGGAGAAGGCAAUCAUCGCUGACACUUCGCUAUCCCUUCGUCUUAUACGUCUUGAAGACCCAGGACCCGAGAUCGUGUCCGAGGCCGUCGUAAAGCCCGUGCCAGACCUUGUUGAGCUCCUUGCGGUCGUCGAACUCGCACUCGAAUAUGCGCGGACUCCACCGGAUGGUGUGCACGCGGUGUGUGGCCGCCUCGAUGCGGUCGGUCGCGCGCUGGACGUUGAGGGCCGUGAAUGGGUGCCGGUCGGACGUGAAGCGGAGCACGAAGGGCAUGUGGUGUAA